AUGGCGCCGCCCGCAAAGCGACGCAAGCGCGCUAUCGUCGACGACCCCGAUUCCGACGACGACCAAAACAGAAACACCCUAAAGCGCUUCCUCUUCUCAUCCCCAGAUAAAGCCCGAUCCCCCAACAAACCAAACCCCAAUUCCACGACCACAACCACCGACAACACCACCACCACUACCAACACCCUCCCUCCUCCCUCCCCAAACCCGCUCCGCAAACGCGCCACCCGCACCACUCUCGCACCACCAUCCCCAUCGACGACACGUCUCGCGGCGACCCGUAGCCCAAGCGCCAGCCCACUCAAAAACCGCACGCGAGCCGGCGCGCAGCGGAAGCGGAAGGCGGCGGCCGCCACCGCUGCAGCGACUGCUGGUGGGGAGGAUGGCGAUGACGAUUAUGACGGCGGUGGGCGUGGUGGUGGUGGUGGCACGCCCCAAGAAAAAGAAGAAGGAGGAGGGGGGUCGGGGAAUGGGGUUGUGGAGGAGGAUGAUGACGACGUGCCGUUGAUGGUGUCGGCGGCGUCGGCGGCUGCGUCGAGUCUGGUUGGGAGGGCUAGGGCGGCGCAGAAGAGGUUUGGUACGGCUGCUUCUGGGGCUGGGGUGGGAAAGGGUAAUAUGAAUGGGAAUGGGAAUGGGAAUGGGAAUGGGAAUGGGAACGGGAAUGGGGUCGGGAAUGGAAUUGGCAACGGCAAUGGAAUUACGGCAUCACAACGUAGUUCGCAGGGCACGGGGGGGCAACGGUUCCUCCGCCCGUCCAAGUCCAGCACACCGAAAACGCCGAGCAACGACGACGAUGCACGCCCUUGGUCGGAACGAUUCGCGCCGGUUAACCUCGACGAACUGGCGGUGCACAAGCGGAAAGUGCAGGAUGUGAGAAAAUGGCUGGACGAGGUGUUCGCCGGGCGUAUGAGGCAGCGGCUGCUGGUGCUGAAGGGCGCUGCUGGAUCGGGGAAGACGACGACGCUGCGAUUGUUGGCGAGGGAUAUGCGGUGUGAGGUAUUGGAGUGGAGGAAUCCGGCGAAUUCAUUUGGGGUUGCUGGACAUGGAUACCAGUCGGCCGCAGCGCAAUUCGAAGAGUUUCUGGGAAGAGGAGGGAAGUUUGGGCAGCUAGAUGUUGAGUCUGAUGGAGGGACGCCGCCUCCGGUGCCGCCACCUCCCCCUGCGAGUGCGAAUGGGAAUGGAGUGCCUAAAGGAACGGAGAGAAGGUUGAUACUAGUGGAGGAGUUUCCGAACACAUUUAUGCGAUCAUCAAGCGGCCUCACGGGGUUCAGAAACGCCAUCUUGCAGUUCCUGGCGGCCAACACACCUGCGCUGGGCGGGUUUGCGUUCGGCUCCAAUUCGGAGGCUAUUACGCCAAUCGUGAUGGUCAUCUCGGAGACGCUACUCACAACGACAUCGGCCUCGGCAGACAGUUUUACUGCCCAUCGGCUCCUUGGUCCGGAGAUCUUGAAACACCCAGGAACCGGUGUUAUCGAGUUCAACCCGGUUGCGGCGACCUUCCUAACGAAGGCCUUGGAAUUGGUGGUGCAGAAGGAAGCUCGCAAAUCGGGGAGGCGGCGCACACCGGGGCCUCUUGUCCUCCAACGCCUAGGGGAGAUAGGCGACAUUCGAAACGCAAUAUCGUCUCUCGAAUUUUUCUGCGUCAAAGGGGAUGAUGAAGCGGACUGGGGUUCCAAAGUCGCCUUCACCAAACCAAAACGCGGGGCCAAGGGCGUUCCGGCUCUAACCCAAGGCGAGCAGGAUACCUUGGAACUAGUCUCGCAACGGGAGGCGACACUCGGGAUUUUUCACGCUGUAGGCAAAGUGGUCUACAACAAGAGAGGAAGCGAAUUCCCCCCAGGCUCCGCCGAAGCCGUAACCGAAACGUUACCGGACUACAUGUCGCACCUCGCCCGACCCAAACGCUCCGAAGUAGCAGUUGACACGCUAAUCGACGAGAUGGGUACCGACACGCACACUUUUAUCUCCGCGCUUCAUGAGAACUACGCGCUCUCGUGCGAGCAGAACAGCCCACUCGACCCCAACUCGUCGCUCGACUACAUCAAUGGCUGUCUGGACUACCUAUCGGAGAGCGAUCUACUCUACCCAUCGUGGGACGUCUUUUUCGGCGGCAAAGGCUUUGGAGGUGGAUAUAUGGGCAAGGAUUCAGGAAGCCACAUCUUGAGGCAGGACGAGAUGGCAUUCCAGGUCGCCGUGCGCGGGCUGCUGUUCUCGCUACCGUCGCCGGAAGAAUUAGAGGGCAUGGCCGAUUUGUGGGCUACUAAGAUGCUCAAGGGCGAGGACGGUGGGCCGUCGUCGACCCAAGCGCCGGGGUUCGUUAAGGACGGAUCGUCUGCCUUCCGCAAGGGCGGGGUAACCAACGGGUUCCCCGGUAGCCAGGCGCUGGCUUCACCGGUGCGUCAGGAAAGCAAGGCCAACGGACAACCUCAUUCCAUCGCCGCCCCGCCGCUGCUCUCAUUGGGGAGCGCGGCGCGCCAGGAACUGCUGCUCGAGCGGAUGCCGUACAUGGCGCACAUCGCCCGGCGCAAACGGUGCUCUUUCGGGACAAUGAAGAUUAGGGAUCUCGAAAAGAUUGUCUCCUUUCAGGGCAUCGGGCCGCUCGGCGCGGGCGAGGAGGAAGGUGAUGAUGCCGCCGACGACGAGAACAACAAUGGGUUGGGUGCGACCGAGUCCUGGGCGACAGAUAAGCCCACUGAUGAGAGCUCGCCGCGGAAGAAGCGAGGUCUGGGCGCGAUCCUGAGCGGCAAGACGACAAAGGGCAAACCCGAGUUGGAAGUGGAACCGAGCCUGCCGAUGCAGAGCCUGGUGAUCAGUGAUGAUGAUAUUGAGGAUGAUUAG